UCUUCAGCCCCCGAGAGUAUCGCCGCUGUCAGCCGAGUCGAGCAAGGCAGCGUACGGCGACACACAAACACUGCGCUGAAGGCAAUGCAUUGGAAAUAUGAUGUUCAGUGAAACUACUCGUAUACUCCGGAGAGGGUGGCCAGACCAGUGCUAGUGAGGUAUUCAUUUGUGACGGAGUGACCCACGUGAGACGACGUGGAUGGUGUUGGAGGCGCAGGUGUCGUCGCCUCAUAGCAAGCCUACAUCCUGUACUUGGGACUGCCACAGCGGAGGUGUGACAGACACUAGUCAGUUGGACUGUUGUGAUAAUGUCAUCCUGAUAGAGAAAAGUUACCAGUGUUGCUCCUCGAUGUGGAUUUUCUAGUGUUGCCUUGGUGGAUGUAUGGAACGCGUCACUGCUGUUUUCAACUGCUGAAUACGACUAAAGGGUAUGUGAACAAUUUAAAAAUCAGGAUGUAUAUUUUCCGCAGGUUUGGAUGGUAACAGGCGUAACUGCUUUCAAACGGUACGGAUGAUCUGAGAUGCGCAUGGGCCUUAUUACGUACCUGACAAUCAGAUAGAAGACCAGCCCCUCCGUGAAGGACGUUCAGGUGAAUGGUACAGUCUCAAGUGCUGACUAAAGAUUGAUGUGUUAACAGGUUUUUCAAAAUCCCGACAAAAUCAUCCAAAAUUAUACACGAGCUAUACCCCGAAGCCACAGCGCCUAUUACCAAAUGCUCUUCUCGGGCAUACAAUAACGUUUGAGUGGUGUCUCUUUGCCAUGGCUAUAAUUAUUAAGGUUGUGCGUUAGCCUGGCAUCAAAGGAGGUCGUUGCGUCUCGGUUUGCUGAAACUAUUCCAGUGACAGUGUCAGGAUUAUCAACAGAAGUGAUCAGAGAGGGGAUGAAUUAACGCCCGCGUGUGUCACUGUCGAUGACGAUGGAGCUGUGACGCUUUAUCAGAUCUGUAGCCUUCACCUUUCCGCGACAAGGUGAAUGCAGUUUUGACAGCAGACGCUGUUUAUUUCAUACCAACUGGACAUUCACAGCAGAUGUGACAGAGUGCUGGUAAUCGCAUCUACUUACUAUUCCCAAUGGGCGGUCGGAAAGAAGACACCGCCAAAAUGAAAGAAAAACGCCGCCCUCUGUCUAUCAUAGAGGAAUUCGAAAACAAGGACGAUAUCUUAUCUGCGCCAGACACCAGGAAGUUCUCUGUACCCAAAAUUGUGAUUACGUCAGAGAAUGGCGAGCUCACGUCGGAUCUCGCGCAACUGAAGAAGACUGCCACGAGACUUAAUCUGAGCACUCGUAGGGAGAGUUACAUCGCAUGGCGAGCGGAACACAUCGACAAACAGCACAACGUUCCUAAACCAGUCCUGAAGGUUGACCAUGACGAAAGACUCACUGUCGAGCGUAAGAAAAAGAUUGAUGAUGCUCUGGAAUGGCUACGCAAUGAACUUCAAGAGAUGCGAUCCCAGGAUCAACAGAUCGCCCGACGCUUGUUGUCUCUCCGUCACGACAUCCACCAGCUUAAGUUGCAAAGGAGCUGCGCGGAGCAUCAGGAGCUGCUGGACGAUGCGCAGUCGGAACUAGAAGAGCUUGAGGAGCUGCCCGAUGUCCUCGACCUUCCUGCAGGUUGUCUGAACAACAACCCCUAUAAACACCUGGGAGUCACUAGAAUGAACCUCAGUACAAGACGUUUCUCAACUUGCUAAAUAUUAUGUGUCCAUAUAACAUAUUUUGAUGAAAUGACUUUUGCAUCGGUCCUUCCGGAUGCGAUCUGAGUAGUCUGUGACCUUACGUGGUCCUGUGGAGGAGUCCUGUGGAGGUGUCCUGUGGAGGUGUCCUGCGGAGGUGUCCUGUGAAGGUGUCCUGUGGAGGUGUCCUGUGGAGGUGUCCUGUGAAGGUGUCCUUUGGAAGUUGUGAGCGAUCUGUGUUCUCGACGGGAAGGUUUGGUACAGACUGUUCUCUUGUCAGGACGUCUUGGUAGGCCUGUAACCUUGGACAGUCUGUGUUCUUGAGAGGAAAACGUGGAUAAUAUGUGUUCUUGACAAAAGCCUUGGAUAGUUUUUGUUCUUGACAAAAGCCUUGGAUAAUUUGUGAUCAUGACAUGAAGCCUUGGAGUUCUUGUUCUCUCGACAGGAAGCAUGGGAUAGUCUCUGUUCUUGACGACAGGAAGCCUUGGACAAUCUGUGUUCUUGGCAAGGGCAGCGUGUGACGAUGGAUGUUGUCGACUGUCCCCUGAAGAUAUUACAGCCAGGAGACAGCGUCGUGUAAGGCUUCCCAGCUGCUGCGAUGGAUGAAGCAAGUUUCUCAAAGUGAUGUGUAAGGCAGAUUAAUCUGAUUCCAAGGUGUUGCGAGGCUUUAACCUACAUUUCACCUGUGAUCCUACCUUGACACUAAUGGAGUUCACCUUUGACCUCCAUGUAGAUGGAAGGGGUGAUAUGUUUCCAUCGUGACAUGACUACUUCUGUUUGUAAUGCGUGUCGACAGUGUUCAGAUACGUCAUAAACAUGUCACGUACAUGAUGACUGUAUACACACAACGUCACACCACUACGUCAGAACCUCGACACUAGUGUGGUCAUAGUUGAUAUGGAUGGUGUGCACAUAUACAUUGCCUCACUGUCAUAUGUGGACAUAGUUAAGUAACCAUACAUGGUGGCCCAUAGUGUCAGUGCAUCUCGGCGUUCUUCAGAAAGUGUCGGGGGAAGCAAACCCUUGCAGAAGAAUUUAAUCAGAAAGACAUAGUAUUUCAUCCCUUUGGAAGUGUUUCAUGUUUCAUAUUCAGUGAGUGAGUGAGUGAGUGAGUAUGGAGUUACGCCGUUUUUAGCAAUAUUCCAGCAAUGUCUCAGCGGGGGACACCAGAAAUAGAGCUUCACACAUUGUACCCUUGUGGGGAAUCGAACCCGGGUCUUCGGCGUGACGAGCAAACGCUAUAACCACUAGGCUAUACCGCCGCCCCAUUUCAUAUUCAGAGAGUCCGUACCAUAUUCCAGUCAGUACAAACUGUAACGCUUUGUAAACAUGCACGUACCUCAACACACUGUUGUACAUAACGACAAGAGGCUCAAUCGUGGUUCUGCUGAGUAUUGAACAUCGCUGAUAGUAUUUAUUUCAAAUAGUGUGAUGGAAGGUUACAAUGAACUCUCCAGCUCUCUUUUAACUGCACACCUUUAAUUUCCCUGGUUUGGGUAGACGCUUGCUCCAAAACUUGUCAUCUCUAGUAUACAACCGAAAAAUAACAAUAACGAAAACCACGUGAUACCAACUGUCCAAUCAAAUAUCUCGAUAUUCUUGAAAAGGAUAUUCCGAAAAUUACCCUCUUAUGUUUGAUUGCACAAAGGUUUAUUUGUGCUGCACAUUUGCCUGGAUGACCAAGCAGAGUCUUUGAUGACAAUUCACGUGAAGUUCAUGAUCUUUAAAAUCCACGAAUAAUAGCAAAUUUAAGGACGUCGAUCAUAGCUGUUCAUUCAAUCUGUCUGUCACUGUCUGACUUCGGAUAGGGUUACCGCCUUGUGUAACAAGGUGAUGAAUUCAAAUACGGUCGACUUUUUCAAAGUCAUGGCAAGUUGAAACCGUUGGUUAAUAUGAUCAUCGAGAACUGCUUCUGGGACAAUACUGAGUCGGGUUAGAGACAAUGAUUGAUGUUGUCCACUGGAUCCGGCUUAUCGCACACCCUUGCCUUGAAGGGACACUCGGCAGUCAGGGCAAGUUGGAAGCAAAUUUAUUCAAAACCAUUUGUGUCUAACGUAACAAAUGUUAUAUUUGGGAUAACACUUUCUUACUAAAGUACAGAUUCUCGUACUUUUGUUUUGGUUGAGUCCGGGAUUCGAACCCACACUUGCCAGAGUGAGGCACCUAAUCGCCAGCACACAAAGUCAGCGAUCUAACCCCAUCAGCCACCGAGGCUUCCACAAAAAUGAAAGUCCGACAACUGGUAGUCUAGAUCACGUACCUUGAGUACCCCUCUGACAAGUGUGAAUUGGCACGGCUCUCACAGUCUGAGAUAGAUAUCAGUGUUGUAUUUCAAUACUUACUCUUAUUACACAGAAACACCGGCUCUGCUACUCAUAUGAUUCUGCAUAACAUCGUCUAAGGACUGGGUACUAGCAUCCCCCCUUUAAGCUUAAGGUUAUUGAGACAAUCGUAUUGGACUAUAUGUAUAUCGUUUAUACCUGUUAUGUUCGACUGUGUCUACAUUUGUCAUCACUGAGCAUACGGGUACUUUGAUAACCUCAUUAUUGAUGUUCUAGAAUGUUCAGAAUACUUUCUACUCCAACAUAUUCCUCAGAUAAUGUUAUCACUCUUUACCAAUGUUUGCAAUAUUUCAACAGGCUGGCGGAAGGAAUUCGUUAUGUUCAUAUCAGCGUCAAUAAUUAAGCGGCGCACAAACAAGUAGCUAAAGAAACGUGAAGGGGGCAUAUUUACGGAUGAUGAAUAAAUAAAUUUGUACCGCAGCCAGCUUUAUUCCAGCUAUAUGACGGCGAUACAAUCGAUUAUCAACAAGAGUUGAUGUCGUCAACGACAACCAGUUGCAUCGGGGUACCUGACAUAAUCGGAUAGGUAACAUUGUGACAUCCAAUCCACAGUUUAGCCGACUUCUAAACCAACAUGGAGCACGAGGGCCAUAUUCUGUUGCGGACUCAACAUGGAGAGACUAACAUGGAAUACUGGAAAUCCCAAAUGUUGUCGC